AGGCAACUUAAAAAAAAAAAGGCAAAUACGACCCUCCCCGGCUUCCUUAGACGUACCGGUUGUUGUGUUUGCAGAAUCAGUUAGCGCCUUGCUAGCUGCUUUAUAAAGGUAACCAGAAGAGGAAAUAUAGAGUCCGAACAGGUUGGAGGAUAUGGUUGUCAACCUCUGUCUGGCACACUUUUCUACAGUGGCUCAUUGCAACAAGCUCUGUGCAGAUGGCUAUGAUGUUACAAACAUUGUGUCAGCUGACCCUGCACUACGGAAACGAGGCUUCAAGCUGGAAUACUUCUUACGGCCACCCUUACACGUAACAUUGAAGUUUGGCUUCCCUGUGGAGCUUUGCCGGGUGGAUGUGGAGCUGUGGCCUUGGGGAAUGGACUGGGGCCAGGCCUGCAAGAGACUUGAGAUCAGCACAAGUUCAGAUACUAGGGUUCUGCCAAGCCAUGGGCAGAUUCAUCAACAGGAACAGAGUAAAGAGCAAAUGAAGGACCAGAACAUAAAGAACAGGCAGAUGCAUGAACAUGUUUUAAGUCAAUCUCAGCAGAGUAAUGGCCAUCAGUGGAGUAUUCAGGCCCGACAGUGGGACAAAGUAGCUCAAGAUGGGCCUCAACAAACACACUUCAAAUCUCAGCCACACUCUGAAUCCAGCUGUUCUGAAUCAGAGUUCAAGCUGGUUGCUCGUUGUGAACUCCGAGAAGAAACCCAAGUUUCAUUCAGCCAUUCAAACUUUCGCCCCCGAGCUCCAUUCCUCUCCCCUCCUCCUCCGCCGCUGACGAGCUGUCGGCAGGAGAAGCUGUGGAGUCGGGGGCUGCCCUCCCUAGGCGCCGUGACGCAGCUUCGCGUCACUGUGCCUUUCGGUGGUUCAGCAUCUUCUCUGGGGCUGAAGACGUUGGCUGUGUGGGGACAACCCGCUCGCUGCUGUCCCACUGAAGAAGUGGAGAGAGUUAAAAGACUCCACGAGGCUAAUGAAAAACGGGUGGAGCGUCCCGUGUUUUUUGCUCCUCAUGUCAGACAGACCACACAAACACUCCAAGACCGCCUUAGCAGUAUUUCCAUCCCAGAAGACUUCCUGGAUCCACUAACGCAGGAAGUAAUGAUGCUCCCUAUGCUGCUUCCGAGUGGAAUGUCAGUGGAUUCCUCCACUCUGGAAGAAUACCAGAAGAGGGAAGCCACUUGGGGUCGACCUCCAAACGACCCCUUCACCGGUGUCCCAUUCACCUCCACCUGCCAGCCCCUCCCCAACCCCCAACUCAAAAGCCGCAUCGACCACUUCCUCCUCCAGAAAGGGAUGGUGAGGAGGGACGGAGCGCUGGGGGGACAAGAUCAGGGACAGAAUCCACAAGCAUCGAGACUAGUAACCUCCAGUAUUAAGGGACAUUCUCAGAGUUCUCCAAGUGUUAGUAAGACCUCAAUAAACAGUAACUGUACUCAGUUCACAGCUGAAAACCGAGACACGAACCGGACUUCCACUCAGAUGGUGGAUACUGAAUCGGGACCAUCAUCAAAUAACGGGACUGACAGAUCUAAUACCCGGCCACUUUGUAAGGAUAGUAAAUCAGAGUUAGACCGAAGGAAAAAACGAGAUCUAAGUGACAUUUCAGCUAAAGCUUCGACUAGUGAUAAACAACUGUUCCCUCAAAGCAAAAAAAUAAGAAAUCAUUCAGGUGUAGAUCUUAGCUGCAGUUCCCAUGAGCAGCUUCUCUCAGCCAGCCUGGAUGAGGCCCUCCUCUCUGCCCUGCAGGGCCGUCCCUCCUUUACUUCAAACCUGCUUCACCAAGGAGAAGGUACAUCUCAGCCGACAGUGUGCCAAAGUUCAGGCUUUACAAGCUCACCUACAGAUGGGAAGGUGUGCUCUGCGUGUUCCAGGUCAGUCUCCGUUUACUCUGCAUCAGCAUCAUCAAUCUACCGGCUGACAUGCGGCCACUUGCUGUGUCGCGCUUGUGUGCAGAAAGAGUCAAAACCAUCUAACUCUUCCAAUAUAUCCAGCUCUAUUUUGUGUCCAACCUGCCAAAGCUCUACUGUACGCAGUAACAUAAUACGUGUACAUCACUGAUAAAUAGCAAAAGAUUCCUUUUGCAGCAAUUUUCUAUUUAAUAAAAGAAUAUCUUUGUUGAAGUAAA